GGAGUCGACGUUUUUUGAUUGGUUUGGAGAAUUGUGUCAUCCACCACCCCCAUUUGGGUUGUCCUCUCGCUGACUUCACUGGUGAAAGAAAGACCAUGGACACAGCUGGGAAAGUGAUCAAAUGCAAGGCUGCGGUGGCCUGGGAGGCUGGGAAACCCCUUUCCAUAGAAGAGGUGGAGGUGGCUCCACCCAAGGCCCACGAAGUCCGCAUCAAGAUCCACUCGACUGCGGUGUGCCACACGGAUGCGUACACCCUGAGUGGGGCCGAUCCUGAGGGCCUCUUCCCCGUCAUCCUGGGCCACGAGGGGGCCGGCACCGUGGAGAGUGUGGGGGAGGGCGUCACCAACUUCAAACCAGGGGAUGUGGUCGUUCCUCUGUACGUACCUCAAUGUAAAGAGUGCAAUUUCUGCAGAAACCCGAAGACCAAUCUGUGCCAGAAGAUCAGAAUCACCCAGGGCCAGGGUCUGCUGCCUGACAAGACCUCCCGCUUCACCUGCAAGGGCAAGCAGGUAUUCCAUUUCAUGGGGACCAGCACCUUCUCUGAAUACACCGUGGUGGCUGACAUCUCCCUGGCCAAAGUGAACGACAAGGCUCCGAUGGAUAGAGUUUGCCUGCUGGGCUGUGGCAUCUCCACCGGCUACGGAGCUGUGCUGAAUACUGCCAAGGUGGAGUCUGGCUCAACCUGCGCCAUUUUUGGCCUUGGCGCUGUGGGUCUUGCUGUCAUCAUGGGCUGCAAAGUAGUUGGAGCCUCCAGGAUCAUUGGCAUCGACAUCAACCCCGACAAGUUUGAGGUGGCCAAGCAGUUUGGAGCCACCGAGUGUGUGAAUCCCAAAGACCACAGCAAGCCCAUCCAGGAGGUGCUGGUGGAGAUGACUGACGGGGGAUUGGACUACACCUUUGAGUGCAUCGGCAACGUCGGCAUUAUGAGAGCUGCCCUGGAGGCUUGCCAUAAGGGCUGGGGUACCAGCGUCAUCAUCGGUGUGGCAGGAGCCGGACAGGAGAUCGCCACCAGGCCAUUCCAACUGGUCACCGGACGCACCUGGAAGGGAACUGCAUUUGGAGGCUGGAAGAGUGUGGAGAGCGUGCCUAAGCUUGUUGAAGACUACAUGAGCAAGAAACUCAAGGUGGAUGAGUUUGUUACACACACACUGCCCUUCGCCGAGAUUAAUGAGGCCUUUGAUCUCAUGCACCACGGAAAGAGUCUCCGCGCUGUCCUGAACCUCUGAAGUGCCAACACAGAGAGUGGUGCCUCCUUUCAGCCUUCACUUUUUUUUGUUAGUUUUGCUCCUGCUUUACAUCACAUAGCACUUAACCCAUGUGCACUUAAGACACCGUCCUUUUGGCAAGUUUAUGUUUCUUUUUGUUACAUCAAGGCAAAGCUGUUACAAUCACAACAGAUUAAAUUUGGUCAAGAAAAACAAAUGA